UUCAGUAGGGAGGCUACGUUCGUUUUUUGACAGGUAGCCGUAAACGGAAGCGGAAAUUUCCGCUUCUGGAAAAGCCUCUCAUCAUCAUCUCUCCUGUCCAUUCUCCCAAAAGGUCCAUAAAGUCUCCAUAGGGAAAGGCUCAUGGACUGAAGUGCCUGUCAGCGAUUGAGAAAUUCAGUCAACAGCCAUUUUUACAUCCUUUACUUAGCAGGUCUAGGACAAAACCGCCAUCAUGACUCACUCAAUGCUGCGACGCCAACUGAAGAACCUUGUUCAGAACUUCUCUGAGGCAGAGGUCAAGGUUCGGGAAGCGACCUCUAAUGACCCCUGGGGGCCAUCGAGCUCCCAGAUGGCCGACAUCUCUGACCUGACCUACAAUGUGGUGGCCUGUAACGAGAUUUUGGCCAUGCUCUGGAAACGCCUCAAUGAUGACAAGAAUUGGAGGCACGUGUACAAGUCUUUAACCCUUCUUGAAUAUCUAUUGAAAACGGGCUCUGACCGCAUCCCUCAGCAGUGUGUGGAGAACAUUCACAUUAUCAAAAUCCUUGUAGAGUACCGCUUCACAGACAAGGAUGGAAAGGACCAGGGGGUGAAUGUGAGAGAAAAGGCUAAGAUAGUGAUGGUGCUGGUUGAGGAUGAGGAAAAGAGGAAAGAGGAGAGGGAAUCUGCUAUGAAGACAAAAGACAAGUUGACAAAGGCUCCCAGUGCAUCCUCCGCUGCAGGACCAGAAAAAGAAAAGCCAGAGAUCCCCCCAUAUACAGGGCUGCCCUCCCUGGACAACAUCCCAUCGGUGGCUGACCUGACCGCUGCCAUGGCCAAGAAGAAGGAGGAGCAGAAACGUCUGGAGGCCGAGAAGAAAGAGGCAGAGAGACGGGCAAAGGAAGGUGACACAGAGCCAGAUCUUUGGGAAAAAGCAUCAACAGCCACACCUCCGUCCAGCUCGGACCCCUGGGGAGCCCCAUCCGACGCUUCCAACGAAUCCGCCCCUGGUACCAACGACCCGUGGGGGGCAUCGUCUGAUGAGGCAAAGGAAUCCAGUUCAGCUUCUAAUCCUUGGGGUGAACCUGCUGAUGGGAAAAACGAAUCUGCACCCACAUCCAAUGAUCCAUGGGGAAGAUCUGCCAGUGCCGAGAAUGGUUCUCCACCUGCUGCCAGCGACCCAUGGGGUGACUCUGCUGGAAUUUUAGAGGAUAAUUCAACAAAUGAUCCAUGGGGGGCUGAAACGGCGAAAGACUCUGAUGCAGCAACCUCAGAUCCAUGGGGAGCACCGGCGGAUAGUGUGCAGGAUUCAGCACCUGCAAACUCUGACCCGUGGGGGGCAUCACCAGUCACGUCUGAUCCAUUUGGUGAUGAUUCAAAAGCAGAUAAUGACCCUUGGGGCACAGCAGCAUCUUCACCCCCCACUGCGAGCGACCCCUGGGGUGCCCCAUCAGCUGCUAUGACAACUGGUGACCCUUUCGGUGAUGGUGGUAGAUCAGAUCCAUGGGGGGGUUCCUCUGAAAACGGUGACACUUCUACAAAACCUGCUGAGGAGACCAAAAAGCCAGCGUCCUUCCUCGGAGAAGGUGCUUCAUUGGUGGACUUGGACUCUCUUAUGUCAGUCAAGCCCAAACCGAAACAGCCCCCUCUCAGCUCCAUCCCCACUCAAAAAGCCCCGGGUGUUUUGCCAGCCACAGGUUUUACCAGGCCAUUGGGCGGCAGCAUAUCAAAUGCAGGCGGUUCUGUUGCACAGCCAUCAAUUCCAAAUUAUUUUGGUUUUAAUGCCAUGACACCCUGUUCCAGUGGCCUCUCCCCCUUAAACUCAGCCUUUGGGGUGCCUGCCGCCCAUAUGGCAUCUCCAACCCAGAAUGCAAGCCUUUCAGCUUUGACGAUGCCCAACAUGGGCUUUCCCAUGGCUAACCCUCACACAGCGGCUAGAAUGGUACAACCCAGCACUGCUGGCCCUCUUAUUGGUGAGUUUUCUUCUAUGUCUCUCACAGGAACCGUUACCCCACAAGCUCCAGUUCUUCAUCGACCUCCAUUGGUUUGGGGCUCUGGAACUGGGGCAGUUGGGAAAGGAAAUAACAUUUUUUGAGGUCUCCACCCAGCAUCCAUUCAUCCCUAGCCUUCUCCUUGCCCCACCACCUUCAUCGAUCCUAGUUGAUUAUGUGUGUGUAUAAGUGUGUGCAAAUAUUUAAAUAGUAAUGAGCAACAAUAUACCGUAAGUUUUCUGUUUUGGGAAAAAAAAGCAUGCAUACCCCUGCCUUUCCAACAUGAUGGACUGACAGAUUGAAGCAGGUGUUUUGUUUAUUCACUUGUUGGGGUUUUUCAGUAUGUUUUAGAAGAUAACUGGCUUAUCUACUGGAAUAUCUGACCUGCCACUGGGCAGAUUUUGGAUACACUACCAUGCAAAAGUUUGGGGCCAGUAAGAUAUUUUUAAGGAAAUUA